AUGCUGCAGAAGGAGCACCUUCCCUCACUGAUAGGAUCUCGGGUGGAGUUAAUAUUUACAACCGGUGACAAGCUAACAGGCACUAUUGAAGCCACGGACGAAUACGAAAACAUCCUUCUUGCCGACGUAUCCGUCGAUGACGAACGCUUCGACAGGGUCCUCCUCUCUGCAACGAAGGUGUCAUGCUAUAGAGUAUUCUAG